AACCACCAAUUUGUUAUAGGUGUGAUUGAACACCGUUUCAUUAACCGAUGGGAAUCACAUGCCCAAAGUACUGAACUCCUAGAAGUAGUCGAUUUAGAAGCGUGCAAUGACAGGAUCAUGCCGGCAAUAGCGCUUGACCCACCUACUCACCUACUGAUAUAUAUGUAGCUGCGACUAAACCGAAACGCUGGAGGCUCGUAUGGAUGUCGACAGGAGAAAGGAGAAGAAUUACGGAGUAGUUAAGGAAGCGGAUUAGGAGAGGGACCAACAUGGUAGACGUGAAUGAGCAACAGACGACAUGAGAAGCCGAAAAGCAGGGUGAUAGUGAGAGAACGACUGGAACGACUCAUGUCUAAAUAAAAGUUUUUUGUAUUUUUAUUUUGAUUCCACGUUAUUCAUCACUUGCGCUUUCCUUCUAUGUCAUGAAACAGUAAUUGUGGCCGUGUAUCUUUUUGUUCUUCAAAUGGUCCUUAACAGCAGUGUGACGCGAAGAAUGGUGUCGAUGGCUGAUAACCGUAGCAUAUCCACCUCUGCCACCCUCUGCAGGUUGCCCAUUCCAAGCUCAAGCUGCAGGUCUCCACGUGUGCUCCGUCUCCUUCACCUCGGACCCGCCGUGGAACUGAUACUCCAUCGCCCCUCGCCCUUAUAUGAGCCUCGUUACGUUGGCAGGAUGGCUAGAGAGGGAGAUUAUAACUUUACCGGGUCUGCUCUCGAUCGAGGCGUGCCAUACGAGCCGAAGGAAACAGAAGAUGGAUACACCAGCUCGUUUUUGGACAAGACCAAGAUUGAGACGCCGGAACCAGCCAAGGAUAGCGCAGUGACACUGGAGAACACCGAGGGCACGGAGACCCGAGUAGGAGACUACAAUUUCGAAGGGUCUGCCCUUGAGCGAGGCGCACCGUAUGAGCCCCUUGAGAGGAAAGACGGCUACUCCAGCACAUUCCUGGACAAAACCAAGAUUGAAGCCCCGGAGCCAUCGAAGGACUGCGCAGUGACAUUGGAGAACACGGGAGGGGCUGAGCUGAGGACUGGUGAUUACAACUUCGAAGGGUCUGCCUUGGAGCGGGGAGUGCCCUACGAGCCAAAGCAGACGGAAGAUGGCUACACGAGCACGUUCCUGGAGACGACGAAGGUCGAAGCUCCUGAAAUCAAGAACGACAGUGCGGUGACGUUAGAAAACAAGGAGGGUGCCGAGACAAGACUAGGGGAUUACAAUUUCGAGGGAUCUGCUAUCGAGCGCGGCGCGCCAUACGAGCCCAGGGAGACAGAAAAUGGGUAUGGCAGCACGUUUCUCGACAACACAAAGAUAGAAACUCCGACACCGGCAAAGGAUAGCGCACUGACUUUGGAGAACACCGAGGGCGCUGAGACAAAGGAAGGAGAUUACAAUUUUGAAGGAUCCGCUCUGGAGCGGGGAGUAGUUCAUGAGCCCAAGGAAACAGAACAUGGCUAUGGCAGCACCUUUUUGGACAAGUCCAAGAUCGAGACUCCUGCACCUGCAAGCGAAAGUGCUGUGACUCUAGGAAACAGCAGCUAAAACACUCACGCGUGGAUUGCUUGCGUGUACAUGGAUUUCUGUGUUAAACUACUGGGUUAUGGAGUUUGAUGUUAGGGAGCUUACGAAACGUAUCUCACACCCUUGUACUUAAAGAAGCGGAUGCAUUACCAAAGAGGUUCAAUAAAUUUCGUGUAAACUUUUCUUGUGUU